AAGAUCUAUACAUCGUCAUGCACAGAUUCUAGAACCUACAGCAGAAUCAUCUUUUUUUAUGACCUGUAGAAAAUGAUGUGCUAUAAUUCACUGAACUUUGCGGACAAUCUGAACAAGCCGUAAUUUUCCCUCGUGAUCGACAAUGUCAGCUUCAUCACUACCUUACAUUACAAUAAAGGUGAUUGUACUGAGGCUCAUAACUACUCCCACUAUGGUUUGACAGUUUUUGUGGUUGAAGUGAUCCAUGGUCCGGCUUAUGAUAUCAGCCAUCGUUUUCAGUUACUCAAUCGGCUUUUAUGUCUUAAUGGAGUUGAUAAAAAGAACAUUUUCCUCAUUAAGCCCUAGUUUAUUUUGGGAUUGUGACUUAAGCAUGAGAAUGACCUGACCUGCAAGUCCUUGUCUUCUGUGUCAUCUUUCUCUGAGAUCAGCUCAUCUACCAGAUCAAAGUUGGCUCCUGCCCUAACUACAAUCCAGACAGAUACACAUCAGCUUUACAUAUACAAAAAGCAGGUGGUUAAAAUUAGUUGGAACAGGAUGAGCAUGCAUCCAUAUAUACCAGGACUGAUCAGGCUUGCAUUGCCAUUGGCAACAAGUAAAUCUGCUGUUGCAUAGGUCAGCAAAAAAAAAAAAUCAUCUUCAGAUACAUCAGUAGAACAGUAGAGGUAGUGAUCAUGAGCUACUGGGGAAGCCCGGGCGGGUCGCCGGCGUGGGCGGCGAGCCGGGGGCCGUCGCCGGUGGUGCCGCUCCUCAUCGUGGUGGCCCUGGGGUGGGUCAUCUGCCAGGAGACCCUGAUGGGGUGGUACGAGCAGGUGGCCGAGGUGCAGGAGACGGUGACGGACAACGCCGUGCUCCUGGUCCUCGGCGCCGGGCUGCUGCUGCUCGCCCUGGGCGUCGCCGGCAGCCGGAGCGAGGUGGUGCUGGUGCCCGUGGCGCUGGUGGUGGUCAUGUUCCUGAUCCAGAACAUCAUGCUCACCGCGCUCCUCCUGCUGGUGGCGGCCUACUUCACCGGCAUAUACUACUACCGGCCGGACAGAGGGUACGGCGGCGGCGGCUUCGGUGGUGAGUGGGGCGGUGGCGGCGGCGGCGGCACCGGGCUGGGUUUCUACAUGCUGCUGCUGCUGUGCCUGGUGCUGUGCGCCAUGUUCUCCGACGGCGGCGGCAGCUGGUGGAUCCCAGCUGUGCUGCUGGUCGCGUGCGUGCUCUGCCUCAACCUCUUCUCCGGCGGGAAAGCUUGGGGAUAUGAAUACUUCUGAACAUGUCAUGCUUUACAGGGCAGUGUCUUGUUUCUUGGCAUUCAGUAUGCCAGAUGA